AUGACAACAACUGUUCACCUUUCUUCCCCUACGUGUCUCUUCAAAUCCCACAAUCUCAAACUCUCUUACUCCAAUUCCAUCUCUCAACUUCCAUUUCAUUCUAACCUCCCAUCCAAACGCUCACCCUCAACUCUCACCAUAACCUCCUCCACGCGAUCACAUCAAGAACGAACCAAAACCAAGAUCGUUUGUACUAUUGGUCCUUCUACCAGCUCACCUCACAUGAUUUCAGAACUCGCCGAAUCCGGAAUGAAUGUAGCGCGUUUGAACAUGUCACAUGGUGACCAUGCAUCGCACCAGAAAACUAUAGAUUUCGUUAAACAAUACAAUUCUCUAUUUCAAGACAGACUUAUAUCCAUCAUGCUUGACACCAAGGGUCCUGAAGUUAGAAGUGGAGAUGUGCCACAACCAAUAUUGCUCAAAGAGGGCCAAAUGUUCAAUUUCACUCUUAACAGAGGGGUUUGCACACAAGAUACUGUUAGUGUCAAUUAUGAUGGUUUUGUCAACGAUGUUGAGGAUGGAGAUGUACUUCUCGUUGACGGAGGAAUGAUGUCUCUUGUUGUUAGGUCCAAGACAAAAGACUUGGUUAAAUGUCAAGUUAUUGACGGGGGAGAACUCAAAUCUAGGCGUCAUUUGAAUGUUCGUGGAAAAAGUGCAACACUUCCUUCCAUAACUGACAAGGACUGGGAAGAUAUUAAGUUUGGGGUAGACAAUCAAGUAGACUUCUAUGCUGUGUCAUUUGUCAAGGAUGCUAGAGUGGUUUAUGAGCUAAAAGAAUACCUCAAAAAACACAAUGCUGAUAUACAUGUGAUUGUAAAAAUUGAAAGUGCUGAUUCCAUACCAAAUCUUCACUCUAUACUUUCAGCUUCAGACGGGGCCAUGGUUGCUCGGGGGGACCUUGGAGCUGAACUUCCGAUAGAAGAAGUUCCUUUAUUGCAGGAGGACAUCAUUAGAAGAUGUAACAGAAUGCAAAAGCCAGUUAUUGUGGCUACAAAUAUGCUUGAAAGCAUGAUUAUACAUCCCACACCAACUAGAGCGGAAGUCUCAGACAUUGCCAUUGCAGUAAGACAAGGUGCCGAUGCUGUCAUGCUUUCAGGAGAAACUGCACAUGGAAAAUAUCCAUUGAAAUCUGUUAAAGUUAUGCAUGCGGUGGCUCUGAGGAAUGAAUCCAAUGUUUUUAGAAGUGUUGCUUAUCCAAAUCAUUUGAGUUUCCACAAGAGUCAUAUGGGAGAAAUGUUUGCUUUCCAUGCAACAACUAUGUCUAACACUCUUAAUACUCCUAUUAUCGUGUUCACUAGAACUGGAUCCAUGGCUAUUCUUUUGAGCCAUUAUAGGCCCAACUCAACAAUAUUUGCAUUCACAAAUGAAGGAAGGAUUAAGCAGAGGUUGGGACUUUAUCAUGGUGUUAUGCCUAUAUACAUGCAAUUUUCAAAUGAUUCAGAGGAGACUUUUGCUAGAGCCCUCAAGCUACUAUUGAGUAAAGGUCAUUUACAAGAGGGACAAUAUGUUACACUUGUUCAAAGCGGAGCACAACCAAUCUGGCGUAACAAAUCCAUUCAUCACAUUCAAGUUCGCGAGGUUCAUGGAUAA